ACCGUUUGGAUUUUUUUUUCUGAUUCCCUCUGGCAAUGAAGCUGUUUGUUCCGGAAGCCUCUCAAGUACGCGGGACCCUUAUCGGCUGUUAAGAAAUAUUGUUACUCCGAGGAUUGGAACGAGUCAGACCGUGUAGGUCGCUCGCAGUGGAUGAUGCGAUCGGGGCUUCAGAAACCCGGGGCUAUUCCGUUAUUUGCUCUUUUGUUCUUUUCGCUGUUUAGUUUGGUGCCGUCGCUGGCCAAGGAAUGGGACUUUUCCAAUCUGCAUUUGGGGUAUAUUGGCUAUCGCAGUGAGGUUCGACAGGUUUCCCGGGUCAAGGAUAGCUGUACCGAUGUUCGAUCCCGAUUUCGAGUCACUGGGGUGCAGUGGAAGCCAUGGCUGCUAGAUGGGUAUUACCAGUCAUAUUACGAUCGCAAAGCUCGGCCGCGACGUUGUGCGGUGGACGCGCCGUCUCGGAGCGCCUUUGAGGCUGCGGCCGUCUUCGAUACCGAUCCUCUGGCCUUUCCGGUCCGAGAAUCGUCGGCUUUCACUCGGGGGGUGCGCGCUUUUAAAGCACUGGUCGUUAGGCAGCCUGAUUCUGGAUUGCUUCCCUCCUUUCCGGCCGAAGGCGACUCCGUCGAAAAACUACCUACGCGGCUUGCUUCGCUCAUCAAUUCGUCUGUUAUACCUAUACCUCUCGACGACGAGCCUCCUCGGAUUCGCAAUGACAGUGGCACGAUACCGGCUACCAGCGGCGUGGUCGAGGUGUCACGAUGGUUGCUGAAUGUGUCCCGGGAGUCGUGGCAGCAGGUCUGCCGCGCCGGGAGCGAGUACUUGGAAAAUGCGACUGCUUGGCAUGGGCUUCUCGGCUCUGCUCAGCCACUCUCGGGCCUCUCGAGACUAGACAGCAACAGCUCGUGCGGUCCGGCGGUUCCACAGGAGCCCAUGGUCGUUCCGAAAGCGAUGGUGAAUGUCAGCGAGGACAUUAACGCAAGCCAUUCUGCGCCCAUGCGGCCGAUUGCCACCUCGGCGCCCUCACCGAACAGCACCGCGAUGGCUGCCGGACUCCAACAGGAGUCGGAGCAUGUGCGCCGGGGGAGCUGCAUGGCCAUUGUGAUCGGCCUGGUAGUGGGUGUCAUGUGGUUCUAAGUUCGAGACCGCACGGCCUGAGAUGGAAUACGUAUAGUCUGGUAUAGGGAGAUUGCAAUUUGAUAUUGCGCCCCCGACAUUGCGAGGGUUUCCCUUGUUCCCGUGAGGCACGGGCUGGCUUAUGAUUCUGUGCAGAAAUCGACGCAUUGGGCGUGUGUUUUGGUUCGUGUACAUCAGUU